UGCGUAGCCUGAGUUGACAAUAAUUCGGCUGGCCAGUAGAGCUCGUCAUGACCUUGACUAUGAGUGUGAGCUCACUUUUUUGCCUGGCAACAUGCUGGGUUGUUCCAGCAGCUGUUCCAGCACAAGAGUUGGAAUGGCAGACUGCGGAACUCGCUUUGAGGAACGUGUCUCAACGGCACGGCGACUCCGGGCUAGGUUUUGUUCAACGCAAAUUGAGCACAGAACGCAAAGAGUUUCAGAUCACAGAUUCAUUUAUGCCGGUGGACGUGGACGGAGCCUACGACCGAGUUUGCCGUGGUAUUGACCCAUUCGAUGACGAUGGCUCCUACUACAUCGUGCGUGGAGAAGCUGCUGCCGAGUCACUGGAGUCAUGUAAGAGAGCAUGUGUGGACACUCCAGGCUGUCGUGGCAUAGAGUUUCGACCUGGACGCUGUGAAGUUUGGGUGCGGGCAGGUGGUAUUCAAGCCACUGCUGUGACACUGAGAGUUGUUUGCUUGCGUUAUGUUCCUUUUGUUUUGGCAGCAGGUGUAGAAGAUCGUGCCUGUCGGGGGAAAGACGAAUUUGACAACAAUCCAGCCUAUUAUGAGAUCACCACCACUGAUUCCUUGGCAGCUUGUCAGGAUCUUUGCUUACAGCGCAAUUUGGCCAACUUGGGAUCUUCCGGGUCUCUGUCUUGGUGCCGGGGAAUUGAGUUUGGCGGGAAUCGCUGCGAGCUUUGGACUCGCACAGAAGGGAUCGGCGCAUCGGUGGAAUUGAGGGGAGUGGUGUGUCAGCCCCUUUCGCCGUUUGUUUUAGUGGAUGCUAUGGAUAGAGGAUGUAGUGGUCGGAGUGAUGAUGUUGAUGAACAUUUUUACACUAGCUACGCCAAUGUGUCAUUACAAGGCUGCAAAGCUCUGUGUGCAGAGCAUGCUCCAUUUUGUAAGGGUAUUGAAUUCACCAAUGCCUAUUGCCACGUUUGGACACGGGUAUCAGGCAUUGAAAAAACCGUUCCUCGUUCUGGCGCCAUGUGCUUGCGUCAUGGCGAGACAGGCAGCGUAGGAGAUGCUUUUGAGAAAAUAGACGGAGGCAGUGACCGUGCAUGUCGUGGUAUGAACGCUUCGGAUUGGAGCCCAUCUUAUUUCGAAUUCUUUGCAGCAAGCAAGUCUAUCGAAGACUGCAAGUCGAGGUGCUUGGAAAAUCCCAUGUGUCAGGGCAUUGAAUUAAAUGGAUACGGGUGCAAGGUAUGGACAGUGAUUGUCACGACAUCAAUUGGGUUUUCAGGAACAAGCUGCCUUCGGUAUUCUGCAUUUGUUGGAGUUGAUGGCGGGGCAAGGCAUGGCUGUUAUGGCGUUGACCCAGUUGAAACAACGGCUUUGCAGUUUCCUGCUGACUCCAUCGCUGAGCAAUGCAGAUCAGCUUGUGCGCAAAGUGUGGGCUGUCAGGGGGUGGAAUAUAACGAGACAAGCUGUGAAGUUUGGAGCUCCCGUAUCAUGGGGAGUUAUGCGAAUGUCAACAGAUCAUGCAUGCGCUACAAACCUUUCAUAGCUGUUCAUGGAGGAAUGGACAGGGCGUGUAGAGGGAUGCUACCGGAUGAUGCUUGGCCAGGCUACUACACUCGGCAUGUGUCUAUCUUGAGCGAUUUGUCUUUGCAGGAAUGCAAAGCAUUGUGUACUUCUACGGCUGGAUGCAAGGGCAUUCAGUACGAUGUCCGAAGCAGCGUGAAGACCUGCUUGGUUUGGAAAAGAAGAAGAGGCAUCCAAAUGUCCUCGGACCAAAGUGGUACUCUUUGCCUUCGGCUUGGAAUUUAUGACCCGUUCGAAGACAGUAGUGCUUUUGAGUCCUUGGGUCAUGGGACAUGCAGUGGCGUGGUUUUCUCUGUCUACCCCGAUGUAAACCUCGACAGAUGCAAACUCCAUUGUAUCGCAGUUCCUGGCUGCCGGGGUCUUGACUUUGGCCCAGAAGGAUGCAGGAUUUGGCUUUCUGAAAUCGCGAUCAACUCAGUCAACAUGACAAGUGACCUUGAAGCUGAGUGUUUCAGCUACGAGCCAUUUAGAGAUGUGGAUGGAGGCAUGGGACGCGACUGUCGCGGCCAUGAUGGCAGUGAUCUAGACUCCAGCUAUUUCAUGCAAUUUCCGGCUGGAUCUCUGCAAGCUUGUCAGGAUCUUUGUGUACAACAGGCCGAAGGAGAUGUAGUAGGAAAGCCAUGCAAGGGAAUUGCAUACGACUCAACCGUCGGGUCAUGCCGUCUUUGGGUUCGUUCUCAGGGCAUUGGUGCAACAGUGGAUAUGAGCAAUGCUGUAUGCCAGAGAUAUGAACCGUUCCUUGAUUUGGAUGGAGGGAGUGGUCGAGCAUGUCAAGGUGAUGCCGUUGGGGCAAGCUAUACAUACAACUUGACACAGGUUGCCAACUUGGAACAUUGCCGAUCCUUGUGCCUUGCAUCAGGCUGCAGAGGACAGCUUCAUUCAUAA